AUGAUGAUUAGAGAGAGUGCAACGUUGACCAGAGAUGUCCUCGAGCAACACUUCAAUGAUUUAAAAGGGACCCUAAAGAAGCUGUUGGAUGAGCGACUGGUGUCACUGCUGCAGGAAGUAGAUACUAUAGAGCAAGAGAGCAUCAAACCACUGGAUGAAUGCCAGAAACUAAUAGAGCAUGGAGUCAGUACAGCUGAUGACCUGCUCCGUGAAGGAGAGAGUGCAGUCCAUGGAGAUGUGGGACAAGAGAAUGAGAAACUAUGCAGCUUUACAAAAAAAGCUUUACAUAUUCAGCUAGAUAGCUUACCAGAAGUUCCCUCCUUGGUCGAUGUGCCUUGUUUAUCUGCCCAGUUGGACGACUGCCUUCUUACUAUACUGAAAAAUCAAAUAUUCAGACAUGGGACUGUAGCAUCUCGCCCACCUGUACAGUUAGAGGAAUUCGUUGAGAAGCCUGGAGGUAUAUUAGUCCGAUGGUGUAAGGUGGAUGAGGACUUCGUACCACAAGAUUACAGACUGCAGUAUCGUAAGAGCACUGCCAGUCACUUUGAGGACGUUUAUGUCGGCUCGGAGACGGAGUUCAUAGUGCUGCAUAUUGAUCCUAACGUCGAUUACCAGUUCAGAGUCUGUGCCCGAGGAGAUGGGCGGCAAGAGUGGAGCCCGUGGAGCGUUCCUCAGAUCGGCCACACCACGCUAGUUCCCCAUGAAUGGACAACUGGCUUGGAGGGCUACAGUUUGAGCAGUCGAAGAAACAUAGCGCUGCGGAACGAUUCGCAGUCAUGCGGUGUGCUCUACUCCAAAGCUCCUACUUACUCCUGUGGGCAGACGUUAACGUUCAGAAUUGAAACCGUGGGGCAGCCAGACCGCCGAGACAGCCUAGGGGUGUGUGUGGAGCAGCAGAACGGCUACGAUUCUCUGCAGCGCGAUAAAGCUGUGUGCAUUAGCACAAAUGGGGCAGUUUUUGUAAAUGGAAAAGAAAUGACCAACCAGCUGCCUGCUGUCACCUCUGGAUCGACUGUGACAUUUGACAUGGAGGCUGUGCAGUUAGGGCCUUCCAGCACCGAGGGAGGAAACUCCAAGCUUAGAGUAACCAUUAGCUCUAACAACAGGGAAGUCGUCUUUGACUGGGUACUCGAUCAGUGCUGCGGUUCUCUCUAUUUUGGAUGUUCGUUCUCAUACCCAGGCUGGAAGGUUUUAGUGUUCUAGCAGCUCAAAAAAGUGAAGGGAUUCUUGUUUUUGGUAUAAAGUGUAAUAUUAAAAUCUGGGUUUCCAGCUAUUUGAUAUGAACAAUCUGUUAACAAAAACCUGUCUUUAUAUUACUUGAACUCCACUCUAUUGUACUUCCUACUGGAUUCAUUUAAAAAGAAGUAAUUGUGAAAUAUUUGAUUUGUUACUCUGGGAAAAGUUAAACAGCAUUUGCUUAGGCAAAUUAAUUUAAACAGUCCGUAAAGACUUUUUUACUUUUUUUUUUUUCUAGACUUGAUUUUUAUCAGUAUUUCAUUGUACUCUAGUCUCAGGGUACACUUGUAUGGAAUUAACUUUGCUUAAUGCUGCUGUUCUGUGAAAUAAGCCUGUAACUUUGGGAGGUUGGAGUCAAUGGACCAAAGCUUGCUUUAUACCACACAGAGAGCACAGUAUUCAGGGCAGGAACGUUGUGCCCUGCUUCCUUGCACGUAGCCAGUGCUGCCUCAGCUGAACAGACAGUGGGCUCUGCCUGCAAUGCUCAGCAAUGCAAUAGCCAUUUCUUCCACACACGGUACUGUCCCUUCCCCCAGAACAAGGAUUUCUGAGCCAACGUGUCUGUUUAAAUACGUAGCCUGGUAAAUCUCUCACAGUUCUGCAAGUGCCUUGUUUUCAGAUAUUUUUUGAAUUGUUUCUUAUGUUGUCACUUGAAAUAUAUUUUCUAGAGUAGUUGCAUGGUAGUACUUAGAGCCUCACUUGAAUUUAAUACCUUCCCCAGCUCUUCUUUGCUUUGGUGGCUGUUUGGGAGCAGGCCUUGCUGUUUGCUGGGGCAGGAUGAGAUGCAGGUGGCAGCUGUCAUUCCUCACAGAGCCCUGGCUCAGGAGAGUUCCUUGCUUUCUACUCCCCAUCAACUGAGACAUAUGAAGAAAUGGGGGAUUCCUAGAAAUCCCAAAGAGCAUGUGCAGGAUUAUACCAGCAAACACCUUGCAUCUAAAGCACAGUCAUGCAGGUCAAUGUGCCGAGUGCUGGGGACAGCCUGGGCUGUAAGAUUGAGCACAGCCCAAGGUAGCUGGGACUGCAGCUCUGGAGUUAGGGGAGAUGGGUGUUAGUUGUGGGGUUAAGAACCUUGGCACAUGUUUAGCGACUCAGAAUGAGCAUAUGGUGCUCUUUUAGCACUGUGCCCUCCAUCAAGGAGCAUAGGCUAAGAAUUUCCUGUGAAUUAGUCAACUUUUAUUUUAAAAAGUUAUACAACAUUAUACCAGUUUGCCUUAAGAGCAAAUGAUACUUAGAAUACAGUUACCAAGUAGAGCCAUAUUCCUGUUCAAAAGAUUAAUCUGUAGUACUACUGGAUUUAAAAACUAUUUUAAAGAAAUGCUAGGGCUAAGAAACCUUCUUACCUCAAGAGCAGAAAAUAUCUAUUUUAGCAUGUUAGAAUAGCAGUAUUUUUAUAAAACUUAGACAAUCAUCAUACUCUGUUCCUUCAGUGUUAACAUACUGCAUUAGCAUUCUGUGCUAGCAUAAAAAAAGUGGAUGAGUGUUCCCCAUUCUGAAAUUACCCACAAAAAAGGAUUAGUCAUCCUGCCUGUACUUUUUCCCCUAGACAGCUACAGUAGGGAUAGGUGAAUUUCCAAAGCAAGCAGAAGCUGGGAUUUAGAGACUUUACAAGGAGAAAAAGUAAGUUCUGAUGCAUUCAAAUAAUGUGCGUAGGGCAGUGGCAUUGGCAUUUGCUGUAAAAUAAAAGGUAAAAAAGACCAGAUACCUGCAGGUAAGAUUCAUCAGUGUUAGCAAGUAAAAGCCUGCUGUAUUUCCAGCUCCCUACACUUAACCAUUUCCCUGCUGGGGAGUUAGUACUGGCUUAUCCUGUAACUUCUAGGGCUUCUUCUCUCAACUAGCCUGCAAGGAGCAUUUUCAGUCAAGCAGUGCAUCCUGCAUCCCGCUCCUUUGCUACAGCAAAGGAAGCCCAGGAGAUGGUCAGAAAGCAGCAGUCCUGCUUAGAGACAGCCAGGCUGGCAGUGGAGCCAGCAGCUGCCUAGCACCACGGCUAAGCACAGCAAGAUUUACUUUGCUAGUAAAACCUCAGGUACCAGGUACUAGCUGUAACAAUAUUUUCACUCAAGGGAAGCUAAUUAGCAAAUAUCUACACAUUCUAGGCAUCGAAGGGUCAGGUACCUUUUCAUCUGCUUUUAGUGAGCCUAAUCAGACCACUGACUGUCAGACUACUGCUCUGGGAGCUAGUUACCAGCAUCCUAGAACAUGAAGUGUAAAUCUUCACGUCAGGUACUUCUGGAGAGGGUUAUGUUUGUCAGCUUGUCCAGGCUAUACCAACCAAGCAGCUUAGGAUUAGUGUGAAGGGCUAGUACAGUCCUCUGGCUCCUCCUGGGAGCUCAGGACGCCAAUAGGCUAAACAUGAUUUUGCAACUUUAGUCUUUAGCUGUAUCUAGAGCAGGGCCAGCUUGCCCAUUUUCUUGUUUUUUAAACUAAGUAUAAAACUAGCUGCCUGCAAUACAUGUUAGGUACUGUUCAGCUGCCUCUUAGAGCGGUACCUUUUAAAUGUGGGAGGAGGAAAGAAUCUCAGGAUAAGAGACCUGAGUAAGAGGUAUUAAAAAAAGCUGAAGAGGCUUGGAUUGAAACAAUUGUUACUGUAGAACAGUUUAGAUAAAUAAGAGACUUGACACUUCCUUUACAAUCUUUCACCUCUAGCUCUUGGAGCCUCACAAACAACUGUUAACUUAGGAAAUCCUGAAAAAGUUGUUUCCCGAAGCUAGAACAUU